AUGCCGCCCAAACAGAACGGAGACACUGAGCCCGACGUCCAGGAUGCCGACUUUGCCAAGGCAUUCCAGGAACUAAACCGCGGCGAACAAACUGCCACUGCCCUCGAGAACCACCUCGCCGCCCUCGAGGCAAAGAUAGAUGAGCUCCUUGCUGCCGCUGGUCAACAAGACCAACCCAACUCCGAGUCCGCCGAAUCAAAUACCACAACUCAGAACUAG